AUGGGCCCGGGCCGGCGCAGGCCCCGCCGACCCAGGGGAGCGCGAGCGGCCGGGCAGGUGGACGCGAGGCCUGAGGCGCCCCGCCCCGCCCUCGGUCACCCCUUUCCUGGCUGGGCCGGCGAUGCAGCCAGCCUCCGCGGCCCCCGCCACCGCCCCUCCGGAGCAGCCUAUGGAGAGCUCCGCCCCUCGCCGGCUGCCGGGGCGGUCGCCGCCAGCGUAACCCCGCCCCUAGUGUGGACACGCCCCCUCCCGGGUCCGCAGAGCGGCGACUGCCGACACGGGACCGCCCACCGGACCACCCCCGGGACCGCCCCCAUCAAGCUCCGCCUCCUUCUGGGCUCCCAAGGGCACAGCCCGAGGGCAGGAAGGGAUUGGGCUCUUGCCUUCUUCCGGAGGAGGGUGAACUCAUCGGAGGCCGAGAGGGAGCAGCAGAUGAGGCUCUUGGAAGGUGGCGAUGAGCUGAAAAUGGUGCGAGGAGUGGUGACAAAGAUCUGUAGUGAUUAUGGCUUGAUUGAUGAGCUGGUCUACUUCAGUAGUGAUGUUGUGACUGGCGAUGUCUCUCUCAAAGUUGGACAAGAAGUCACUGCCAUUGUGGAAGACGAUAAAACAUAUGGAUCGAAAGCGAUCAAAGUGGUUGCUGUCAGUGAUGGUUGCCAUGGCGCUGGACCCUCCGACUCCUGUCCUAGAGUUGCAUUUGGCUGUAUUUCGUCUGCAGUGGAAGGUGCUAACUACAUUGAUCACACAACUUACUUCUCUCUAGAUGUCAUUUGUAAAGAGUUCGAGCCUUACCAGGGGGACCGAGUAGAAGUUGAGUUUUGCACCCAGUCGGACACGCUGAAUAGAAAGGCCGUGUCGGUGAAGCCUCUGAGGCACAAGCACGUGCAUGAGGUCUGCAUUACUAGCCUACAUGGAAGAAACGGGGUGAUAGAUGACAGCAUCUUUUUCACCUUGGAAUCUCUGAAGCUGCCUGAUGGAUACACACCUCAGAUAUCUGACGUUGUUAAUGCUGUCGUGGUGGAGAGCAUUCAGUCUUGCUACGUUUGGAGAGCGAUUUCUAUGACUCUCGUCAAAAGGUGGCAGUAA